AUGUCUAUAAUGCAUUAUAGGAUGAUAAAGGAGUCAGAGACUACUGAAAUAGAAGAGGAAUCUGUGGUGUAUACCCAUUCUUAUGCAAUAAACGAAAACAAAGGGCAAUUAAUAGAAAGUGCAGAAGAUUGCAAAACACUGCACCAAGCACUUCAGGACACUGCAAAGAGCCAUGGAGACUUGAAUUUCCUUGGGAGAAUAAAUGAAAAAGACAAGAUAGAGUACAUAACGUACAAAGAGACAUUUAUGUAUUCAGAAGAAGUUGCAUUAUUUAUUCUUUCUCACUCAGACACAGCAAGCGGAUCUAUGCCAAUUGUUGGGAUAUGUUCAGAGAACAGGCCAGAGUGGAUUAUUACAGAGCAUGCAACAUAUUUCUAUAGCGGAAUGAACUGUCCAAUAUAUGCAUCUUUUGGGUGGAGUGCUAUAAAGCACAUAAUAAAUGAAACCAAAAUGAACAUGAUAUUCAUUUCAGAGAAGAAUGCGGAGAAGAUAGCGAGCAGUUUACAGAGCGAGUCAGCAUCAGAUGUCGCACUUCCAAAGAUAUUUGUACUUAUGGAUCCCAAGAUAUCAGAUAGUGCACAUGACACACUGAGUAAGUUAGGAGUAGAAAUGUACUAUUUCUGGGAUAUUGUAGGCAAGUGUAAAAAGGUAAGUCAAGUAGGCGAGAAAGUAUCAGAUGCAGAUGAAAGUGAGAAGGCAUCGCCAACAAGGUUUAAAAAGGCAGAAAGAGACCAGGCAAAGCAUAAAGAAGCCAAGAAGAGAUUCACUGCCCCAGCGCCAGAAACAGUUGCUACUAUUUGCUAUACAAGUGGGACUACGGGCGCUCCUAAAGGGGCAAUGCUUAUGCAUAGAAAUUUCCUGUCUGUAGUGGGGUCAUUUAUUCUUCUGUCAAAGCGGGGCGUAUUCUUUGACAUUAAACCAGGCAGGAGAUACCUUUCAUUCCUUCCACUUGCACAUGUCUUUGAACGGAUAGUAGAGUCCGCUCUACUUCUGAGCAAGUGUGAGAUUGUAUACUACAGAGGAAACCCAAAACAGCUACAGAAGGACUUUAGUAUUGCACGCCCGCAUUAUUUUGUAGGUGUACCAAGAGUGUUUAACUCAGUCAAGACUGCAAUUGAGAUGAAAGCCAAAGAGAAGGGAAGAAUUGCAAACUUUAUCUUUAAGUACUCUCUGCUUAUUUGCAUGCUAUGCAAGAACAGGAUACUUAGAGAACUGUUUGGAAGAACAGUAUUUAAAGCAAUUAGGCAAACUUUCGGAAAUAGCAUCAUAUGCAUGCUAUCUGGAUCAGCCCCUCUUCUUCCACAGACUGCGUACUUCUUUGAAGCAAUCUUCAACUGUCCUAUGUUUGAGGGAUAUGGCCAGACAGAGACAGCUGCAGGAAACAUUACAACUGAUAUAUUCACAAAUGAGAAGGGUGUUAUUGGCAUUCCAUUCCCGUGUAAUAAGAUCAAGCUAGUAUCUCGUCCAGAAACCAAUGCAUUUGCAUCAAAGAACCAAGGAGAAAUACUCAUGCAAGGCCAUUCUGUUUUCUAUGGGUAUUACAACCAGAAGAAACUAACCAGAGACUGCUUUUACCACCCACACGGACCUACUGCAGAUGGACCAGACAGUGCCAUUUACAACACCGAUGGGAAGAAGUGGAUUAAAACAGGGGAUAUAGGAGAAAUAACCCCAGAUGGAAAUCUAAGAAUAAUUGGCAGGAGCAAGGAGAUCUUCAAAUUAUCACAAGGAGAGUACAUUAUCCCAGAAAAGAUUGAAAAUCUACUUCUUGCAGCCAAAAUCAAAGGACUAGAAGACAUCACAAUUGUAGGAGACAGUUCAUGCGAUUAUGUAAUUGGUAUAUGCAUAGUCACAAAGACUUCCCCAGAGGUAGAAGACGCCAUAACGCAAGCAAUCCAAAAAGAAGGCCAGAGACUGGUACAAGCCGAAGAAAUCAUCAAGAUAGAAAUACCAAGAAAGUUCAUCUUCACUGAGUCUCUCUUUACAAUUGAUAAUGGCCUUCUCACACCCUCUGGCAAGAAAGUAAGGAAGAAGAUCGUAUCACUGUAUAACAAACAGAUUCAGAAGCUAUACAACACUGUUUAAUCACACAACCUGUCCAUGCGGUAUAAAAACUGCCAGGUUUUAACUGCUAUGAUAAUAAAUAAAUUUCAUUCAGGG